CAAACACCAGUUUAUGGAUAACUAUCAUUACUUCUAUCCCCAUCAUCGCCAUUAUCUUCCUUCUUGAUUUCCCUUCUCGUUUAUUAUAUCAAACUUUCUUUCUUUCAUCUAAAGUCCUUACUUCCCCUAAACUUCAAAAUGUUGGCUGUAUUCGAGAAAUCAAUUGGCAGGCUGCCGAAGGAGCUAAGCCUACCCUAUGCUACCCCCAACUGCAGCACCCCUGAAGAAAUCGCAGCAUUUUACCGGUCGUGGAAAUCAGACUCCACCUUCUACAAUCUCUCCAAUGGCUGCUGCUUCUUGGCUCUGUCACAUGAGGGUGAAAAUCCAGCGUAUCCCAGGUCCAUUGUGGUUAUGGAUGAUAUAUUCUGCUUGUUUUCGGGUGCCCUGGACAACACCUGUGAUCUUAGACGACACUACGGGCUGUCCAGACAGUCCUCGGAAGCCAUGAUUAUAGUGGAGGCUUACAAAGUUCUCCACGACCGAGCUCCAUAUCCUCCCGAUCAAGUCAUCAAAGAACUCAAAGGGAAAUUCGCCUUCAUUCUGUUCGACUCGAAAGCUGCCACCGUGUUUCUUGCCAGAGAUCGCGAGGGAUCGGUGCAACUUCACUGGGGAACGGCAGGCGACGGGUCCUUGGUCUGCACGGACGACCCGAAUGUGAUAUCGGCAACAUGCGGGAAGUGCUACACGCCGUUUCCUCCUGGGUGCAUGUUCAUGAGUGAGAGUGGGGUAAUGAGCUUCGAUCAUCCACUGAACAAGGUGAGAGGGAUUCGGAGAGAGGACGAUGAAGGAAAGGUUUGUGCCAUAGUUUUUCAGGUGGAUCUCUUCACCAGACUGCAGAGCAUCCCUCGCAGUGGCAGUGCUUCAAAUUGGGCUAAUCCAACUGUUGUUGAAGGGGGAGACUGAUUAGACAGACCACAGGUACACUUACACCAGUCUCUCCAUCUCUAAUCUAGCUGAUGAUGGUGUGUGGUGAUGAUGAUGAUGAUGAUGAUUCUGUAAAUAGGGAUGGGAGGGGGCCCAUUCUUGGUGCUCUUUCCUAUCUUAUCCUAUGUUCUUUAAUAAUAAUUGUUUGUUGCCAAUGA